UUAAUCGAUGUGUACAAGAGCUAUUUCGAAGAGGUCAAGAAGCGGUCUAUGGAAUGCCUAGAGCCAGGCGCUAAUAUUCGCAUUCGCCCGACACCCACCGCGGAAGGGUCGCAUAACAAUCCCGCUACAAACUCUUACCCUCACGCAGAAUUCCUUCUUGGUCAGUGCUUCGAGAAGUAUGCCAAGGCGUUAGAUGUGGACUCCCCUCUU